AUGAAUCCAACCGACCUUUCUAUCGCCUGUCCUGGAGUCGACUUUACAGUCUCAUACCAGCCACACGAUACUUUAUUCUCUAUUGGUGACUAUGUCAUAAAGUAUUUACAAAAGACUUUUGACAUAAUCAAGUCAUCCCCCAAUAUCGAAAACAGCACUAUUGUGGAUUUCGUCAGAUCUAACAUCAAAGACCAUAAUAGUGCUAUUCUUGAUAUUUGA